AUGGACUCAUCGCCACCACCCCACUCGAUUCAAGCGCUCGACCAAGUUACGGUUCGCAAUCUCCACUCGGGUCAAGCCAUUGUCGACAUUGAAACGAUCGUCAAAGAAUUGGUCGAAAACUCUCUCGACGCGAAUGCAAGCAGUAUCGACAUCAAGUUGGUGAACAAAGGACUGACGCUGAUCCAGGUCAAAGAUAACGGCGUUGGUAUCAGUGAAGGUGAUCGUGCUUGCAUGGCUGUACGUUAUUGCACGUCAAAGAUAUCCUCAUUCCAAGAUAUUGAAAGGCUUACUACCUUUGGAUUUAGAGGCGAGGCACUCAAUUCCAUCAAUGACAUCGCUGAGAGCAUGCAGAUCACCACCAAAACGAUUCAUGAUACCAUUGCAAAGGAAUAUCAACUUGACGAACGUGGAUACGUGCAAAGUGAAAAGCCUUCUGCUGCAAUAUCGAAAUCGGGCACAAUGGUGGCAGUGCAUAAUCCCUUUUCCAGUUUGCCAGUUAGGCGACAGGUUGCACAAAAGGGGUCCAUUGCAUUUGCAAAGAAGGUGCAAGAAUUGGCAAUCAAAUACAGUAUCGCAUAUCCCAAUGUACGCUUUGCUUUGGUUCAAGUAUCGGAUUCGGUGUCUCACAAGAAAGAGCCUGCCUGGAUCAAGCCCAUGACAUCGUCUUUGCUAGAGGCUAUUGCGUAUAUCUUUGGCACUCGACUUGCUUCCAUGUUGGAAUAUUGUACUCGUGCGGAUGAUACAGUGACGCUGGAAUGCUUAUUCCCAAAAGCAAAAUCAGAUCCAUCUAUCGUGAACAAAGGCGAUCGCAUCUAUGUGUUUGUGAACAAGCGACCCAUCAAUUAUACGCGAUCUGAACUCAAGGAGAUGGUCUCUAUAAUAAGGAAGCGAUAUCAACAAGCAGCUGCGUUGAGUGAUGGAGCAUCAUCGUCUUCAUGCAAUCCAUUCAUGUAUAUUGACAUUCAAUUGAAUGCCGAUCAAUAUGAUGUCAAUGUGGAACCCGGCAAGACUGCAGUCAUGCUACAUCACAAAGAGAGUAUCCUGAAUCUUGUUACGGAGUUGAUGGAUCAACUAUACGGUGCACCUAUCGAUAAGCUCUUGGAUCGUGCGUCGAACCAACCAUCAUCCAGCAACAUGGAUUUGCUAGAACAAAGCAAAGGUGUCGAGUCUUCGAAUCAGCCAAUCAGCCCUGAUGUUUGCGAACUCGAUGAGCUUAUUGAAUCGCCUGAUAUCGACGAGAGUGCUUCAAAUUAUGCAAGUGAUCCCAUUCGAGCAAUCCCAAGCCCGUGUGUUGAAGAAAAGAACAACAAUGAUGGUGACCCGUUGGUUGACAGUGAUGAGGAUGAUACUCUGAAGCCUUCAGGUAAUUGGAAAUACAGCAUGUUUAGCCAAGAUAGCAACAACGAUGAUGAUGGAGAGGAUCAACUGCUACCUGAGGAUGGGGAAGAAACAACCGAAGAGCCACGCAGAGUACCUACACUUUCAGAAUGGCUUGAAUCAGCAAGGUAUCAAAAUACAGCACCAGCAUCAUCCAUGGUUGCCAAGGAAACGGAUACGGCAAUGCAACAAUCACCUGCUAUAAAUCAACAUGUACAAACGCCCGCCAGAUUACGAGCAUCAUCUGUGGAAUCACACCCAGCUCAAUCUUAUGAUCAGCCUAUGCAAUCUGAAGGUCAACAAAGAGGACGAUCAGUACCACCUUUUGUAUCCAAUGAUAUGGAUUGGCAGUUGGAACCAUCUUAUUCAAGGAAUGCUAUACCAACAACGAUAUCAUCUCAGCCCCAUCACUGGGUAUCACCUAAUGUCCUUACUUCGCCUUCACUCGAGCGACCAUCAACUUCCACCACUGCAAAAAAGCGACCACUUGGAACACAACAGCCGACUUUAUAUGACAUGUUUCGAUCACAACCUCCUUCAACUCAAAAGCGGAUCCAUUCGACCUUACCACACACGCACCGAUCCUCUUCCUCCUCCUCCAAUAUCACAUCACCAAGAAGCAUACCAAAGACAUCAUCAAUACCUGAUCCAACAAUUAUUACAUCAUCAUCAUCAUCAUCAUCAUCCAAUUCACCAAAAGCAUCGCAUCAGCAUACCCAAGCUACAACUACUUCCAAUAUUGAACAACUACCAUGUACCUCGAUCACUUCUCAUCCAUCAUCUCAACCAUCAACGAUUGUAUCAAACAUGUCGAAUUCCAUUACAGCAUCACGGGGCUCUCCUCCUCCAUCCGAUAUGAUGCGAAAGCGACAACGAUUGAUCAACUUUGAGGAACAACAACAAAAACAUGACCAGCAGAAGCUUUCAGAUACGCUCAAUCUUGAAUCGAAUGUGGAUUACAACAAAGAAAAGGUCCAGAAGACUUAUCACCUACGUUUUGCAGGUUUAUCUGGUCUCGAUCACAGAUCAUUUAGUGACCCGCCUCUUUUCUCAUCACGGCCAUCGGAUCAUGACACUGAUUGGCACACUCAUCGCUUGGAUCAAGGAUUUCUAUUGUAUACCCGUAAUGCCAAACACCAGGACGCCCUCGGAGAUGUUGCAUACGAGAUAGGCAUCGUUGAUCUAGCAAGGGCAAGCAUGUUGUAUGCAUUUGAUUGCUUGAUGAGGAACAAAAAGUUGAUCGCAAAGAAAGGAUUGGAAAAGAGCAUUCAAGUGACUAUUAGUCAAGAAGAUCCUGUGUAUUCUAUUAUACCCGAAUUGAAAAGCUAUGACAAGCAUGGAGUGGAUGAGGAUGGACAACCACGAUUAUACCACAAAGUUACCGAUGAUCGUAUCAUCGCCAAUGGCUUCCAGGUACAAUGGCGACGAGAACAAGGGACAGCUGAGAUUAUCCUGCAAAUCAUCUGCAUAUAUGAUCUUGGAUCAACGCUCAAGUACGAUGUCAGCGAUUUACGUGAAUUAUUGCUUGUCAUCCAACAACAUCAUCAUCACAUACCAGCUUACAAUGAGGAGCAACAAGAUCUUAGUAUGAUACGGCCCAAGAAGGUGAUUACAUAUCUACAUCGAGUUGCAGCGCUUCCUCAAGCACCUGAACGACAAGCAAGUGACCUUGAAGUUGUCAAGCAUCUUUUCAGCAAUACACAUGGACGUUUGAUUUGGAGGAAGGAGAAGGAUGCCAACUGUGAAUAUCAAGUUGUGUACGAACGUAUCGAGGAUGAUCAAGCUGUAGAUGAUGCCGAGGAAAAGCCAUCAGCACCAAUUGCAUACAUAGCUUAUCACAUGUUUCCAUCCGAUUGA